AUGCCUCAUCCCGAACCGCAAUACCAACUCCCUCGCGACUUCACCGGCUUCGGCGCGGCCUCCCACGACUGCAAAUGGCCCAACGGCGCCCGCAUCGCCGUAUCUUUCGUCCUCAACUACGAGGAAGGCGGCGAGCGCAGUGUCUGGGAAGGCGAUCCGCACUCGGAACCCUACCUCUGGGAGAAAGGCAGCUCUGGCGGGUACAAAGAGGGCGCUCGGUACUUGAACGCUGAGCAAGACUUUGAGUAUGGCAGUCGGGUGGGAGUGUGGCGGUUGAUGAGGAUAUUCGAAGAGUUCGGAUGGAAGAUAACGAUUUAUGCCAUAGCUAGGGCGAUGGAGUUAAACAAGGAGUUUGGCGAGUAUUGCGUGAAGAAGGUCGGGCACGAGAUAGCUAACCAUGGCCUGAGGUGGCUGGAGUUUUGGGACUACGAUAUCAAGAAAGACUUCCAGUACGUGAAGGAUAGCUGCAACAUGCUGCAGAAGGUCACAGGGGAGUUCCCGGUUGGUGUGUACUUCGGACGAGGAACGCCGAACACGCACGGUGCGUUGCCGCAGAUAUACAAGGAGAUGCAUAAGGAGCAGGGGACGCCGAAGCUGUUGUACAGCAGUGAGUGCUAUAACGAUGAUGUGCCGUACUGGGUGGAUCUCCCUUAUGAGAAGGACCUGCCGGAUGAACAGAAGGAGGGUCUGUUGCUUGUGCCGUACAACUAUGACUGCAAUGACGGGAAGUUUCACAUGGCGCCUGGAUUUAUGUCGAGUGCUGGGCAGACCUAUGAGCAGUAUCUGAAGAGCUCGUUUGAUUGCCUGUAUCGGGAGGAGGGAAAGAUGAUGAACAUUCCUCUGCACAGCCGCAUCACCGGCAAAGCAGGCAGAUCCGAGGCGCUGCGUAACUUUUGCAAGUAUAUCGCCGAGAAGGAGGGCGUGUGGGUGACGACCCGCAGAGACAUCGCUAAGCACUAUCGGGAAACGUUCCCGUACAAACCUGGCUCGAAGACUGGAGGCCGUUGA